CGGUGCUUGCAGUGUGCAACAAGUCGGCACAAGUUUUUAUACAAUUUUUUAUUUUAGUAAAUUUAAUUUUCAAGCUGAAAGUGCAUACGAAUACUAUUUAUAAUAACUUAUAAUAUUUACAACGAACUGUGCAGAGCCAAAUCAGUGUAAACAUGUCGUCGCGAAUUCUGUGUGCAAUUGGUCAAAUAACUCGACAACAAUUGCUGCACCAUAAAUGCUCCAGAGUGUACCCGGCAUCAGUGCAGUUACAUCGUCGCCUAAUGUCCACAAACCCAGCCCCGAAGAUCGCGCCGGCUGCCGCCCCCGCUGCUACCGCUUCCAAUAAGCAUCUGCACACGAAGGUCGUGAAUGGAGUGCUCGUUAUUAGGUUCGACUCGCCCGAUGCCAAGGUCAACUCCCUGGGCAGCGAGGUGAGCGAUGAGUUCGAGCGUGUGAUUAAAGAGCUGGAGACAAAUCCCUCGGUCAACUCGGCCGUGCUCAUAUCGGGCAAGCCGGGCUGCUUUAUAGCCGGCGCCGAUAUCGGCAUGCUGGAGGCGUGCCAGACGGCCGAGGAGGCAACUCUCAUCUCGCACGGCGCCCAACUGAUGUUUGAGCGCCUGGAGCGCAGUCGCAAGCCCGUUGUGGCCGCCAUCAGCGGCGUCUGCCUGGGCGGAGGAUUAGAGCUGGCGCUGGCCUGCCACUAUCGCAUUGCAACCAAGGAUAACAAGACGAAACUGGGUCUGCCGGAGGUCAUGCUGGGUCUGCUGCCCGGCGGCGGCGGCACUGUGCGCCUGCCCAGGCUGACAUCCGUGCCCACAGCCCUGGACUUGGAGCUGACCGGCAAACAGGUGCGUGCCGAUCGCGCCAAGCGCUUGGGCAUUGUCGACCUGCUGGUCGAUCCCAUUGGCCCCGGACUGCAGCCCGCCGAACAGAACACCAUGGAUUAUCUGGAAAAGACGGCCAUUCAAGUGGCCAACGACUUGGCCAGCGGAAAACUGCGCGUCAAUCGCGAGAAAUCUGGCUUGGUCAACAAGCUGCAAGCGCUCGUCAUGGACACAGACUUUGUGAAGAACAAAAUCUUUGAUACAGCGCGCAAGCAGGUGAUGAAGGCUUCUGGUGGACUCUAUCCUGCUCCCCUGAAGAUUCUGGAUGUGAUUCGCACUGGUGUGGACAAGGGCACCGAUGCUGGCUACGAGGCGGAGCGUAAGGGCUUUGGUGAACUCUCGGCCACACCCGAGUCGAAGGGUCUGAUCGCUCUAUUCCGCGGCCAGACCGAGUGCAAGAAGAAUCGGUUCGGUAAGCCCCAGCGCUCCGUCAAGACUUUGGGUGUGCUGGGCGCUGGUCUCAUGGGUGCAGGCAUCGUGCAGGUCUCUGUGGAUAAGGGCUACAAUGUGGUGAUGAAAGACGCGACCGAUGCGGGUCUGGCACGCGGCAUCGGGCAAGUGCAGAAAGGCCUGGAAACGGCUGUUAAGCGCAAGCGCAUCACGGCUCUGGAACGCGACCAGACGCUGGCGAAUCUGCUGCCCACACUUAACUACAAUGACUUCAAGACUGCCGACAUUGUGAUCGAGGCUGUAUUUGAGGACAUCAAAAUCAAGCAUCGUGUGAUCAAGGAGCUGGAGGCUGUGGUGCCGGAGCACUGCGUCAUUGCUACCAACACCAGCGCCAUUCCCAUAACAAAGAUUGCUGCGGGCAGCUCACGUCCCGAUAAAGUGGUUGGCAUGCAUUAUUUCUCGCCCGUGGACAAGAUGCAGCUGCUGGAGAUCAUUACACAUCCAGGCACCUCCAAGGACACCGUAGCUCAGGCUGUUGCCGUCGGCCUCAAACAGGGCAAAGUUGUGAUCACCGUGGGAGACGGUCCCGGCUUCUAUACCACGCGCAUUUUGGCCACCAUGUUGUCCGAAGCCAUAAGACUGCUGCAAGAGGGCGUGGAUGCCAAGGAAUUGGAUCAAUUAACUAAGAAGUUCGGCUUCCCUGUGGGCGCUGCCACAUUGGCCGAUGAGGUUGGCAUUGAUGUGGGCUCCCACAUUGCCGUGGAUUUGGCCAAAUCAUUCGGAGAGCGCUUCAGUGGCGGCAACUUGGAAGUCAUGCAGGAUCUGGUCUUGGCAGGAUUCUUGGGCCGCAAGUCCGGCAAAGGCAUUUUCUUGUACGAUGGCCAAAGCAAGGGCAGCCGUCCAGUGAACACUGAAGCCCUGGAGAUUGUGAAGCAGAAGUAUUCGCUGGUGUCCAAGGGCGCCAAUACUCCCGAGGACUUGACAUUGCGCAUGGUCUCGCGCUUCGUCAACGAAGCUGUGCUCUGCCUGGAGGAGAAGAUCCUCGACAGUCCACUGGAAGGCGAUGUGGGUGCAGUCUUCGGACUGGGCUUCCCACCAUUUACGGGCGGCCCCUUCCGCUGGGUGGAUCAGUACGGUGCCGGCAAGCUAGCCAGCAAAAUGCAGUCCUACGCCGAGCUGUACGGUGCUCCCUUCAAGCCAGCCCAAACACUGAUCGACAUGGCCAAGGAUCCAUCCAAGAAAUUCUAUCCCAAGACUAACGCUUCGAAGUUGUAAGCGACGACAACCCAAAAAAACGAUAUUUAGCUUUAAAGAGAAUUAUGAAUUAUAUAGCGUUAUUUCGAAUGCAUUUCUCA